AUGCAAGCUCGUCAUCCACAAUGGUCUCCUUUAAUUGCUUGGCUGGUUGAAAAUGGACUGGACGCCGAUCAAGUUUGCGUAGAGGCUAGGGCAACCUCAGAUGGUCUGCGGAUCUGGAUAUGGCCUAUUCGCAUUACGAGAUAUUCCCCCGUCGACACCCUUGUUCACGAUUCCAGCAAAGGCUCUUCUGAACUCAGUGACGCUCGGUCCGCGGUACCCAAAGUCAGAUCCGACACUGUCGAACGGUCACUGGACCCAUUAUUCGGACCCUACAUCGCUGUCCUCCCUGAUAACUUUGACGCGCACCCUCUCACAUGGCUGCUAAAGAGUCGCCUAGGUUCGGAUCUACCUGAAAUAUCUGCGGAGAGAGCCCUCCUCUCGAUCCUCCCGCGUUUCGUCGCUCGCGAACUGGAACGUAUUGCGACCACCUUCUUUGCUGAUUGGCGACAACACCCCAGUGUGUUGAAGGAAUCGACGAAUACAGGCCUAUCGACGUACAGUUCGCAACCUGGGACCGCGGUAUGGGACUUCCUGUGGGCAUGGCUGAACGUCAACACUCGAUGUAUUUAUUACCGAGUCGCCCCAAUGAAAUCCGACCCGGAUAACCUAACUCUGUGUCCGAUCUUGGACUUUGCGAACCAUUCUCCGGUGCACCCUUCGACAUCUCCACUUCCAACAAAAUGCGACAUUUGGAACAUUGCACCUCGCCCUGGUCAGGGUGACGAUUUUACCCUGUCUUCCCCUCCGCGCGUCACGGUCGCUAGAGGGGAGGAGCUAUACCUGCGGUACGGUUAUCACUCCAAUCAGUUCCUCUUCGCCGAGUACGGGUUUGUGAGUCUUCUUUCGCUCGCGGAGAGGUGCAGGGAGAACAGCGGCUACGGGAAUGUGAACAUUACACCCGUCGUAGAGGAUUUGUUCGCGUCGAGAGGUAGGGUCGGAGAACGGAUGAAAACCUUGUUAAAAGAGGAAGGUUACUGGGGGAACUGGACACUCCAUCUCACACCUGGACCUGCCCACCCGGAUUAUCGAUUAAUCUCAGCACUGCGACUAUAUCACACCCUCCCCUUGGACUUGACCGAGAUUACCACUGAGCAAGAGGGUGUCUUGGAUGGUUGGAGGAACCUCAUUUAUGGAAUUCAAGAUACUAUUUCAGCAGAGAACGAGGUCCAAUGGAAGGAAAGCUUGGUGAAGAUUUGCAUGUCCAUUGAAGAUAAAGCCGAUGAUGCUAUUCUGCGGGGUACCUCCGGAGAGCAUCUUGAACUUUGCGGUCUGGCGACGUAUUCAUGGGCGGGGUACAUGAAGAACUGUCUUCGCUAUCUGUGGCAAGAGGAACGGGAGGUGGCUCGUGCGGUGAUCCAAAGUGUCGAAAAUGGCGAGGAGAUUUAG